CACACUACCAUCCACCUAAUAAACAUCAUGGCUCACCCGCAUCGCCAGCCCGACUAUCACCGACUCUCUUCUUUCCCUAUCCUCGGCAGGAGAAACGCGGUAUGCAGCCUCGCGAAGUUCAGACCUGCGUGCGGUGCCGUGAUUUGAAGAGGCGAUGCGACAAGACGAAACCGAGCUGUACUCGAUGUCAACUUGCAGGUGUCCCAUGCCGGUACGCUGUACCGCAGAGUACUGUUGCGCCUUCCACCCUAGUCGACGCGGGCAGGGCUUCUCCCGACGUCGAAGCUUCGACCCCUUCUGCCGGACCGUCUGGCUCUUCGAAUAGCGGAUCAGUGCCCGAAAAAGCCAUCAGGAGACGAGAUCGAGCCUGUCUAUCAUGUACUCGAUGCCAUCGUCUAAAGGUGAAAUGCGACAAGAAACAGCCUUGCUGCAGCCGUUGUGCCCGUUCUGGCCACGCGGGAACGUGCAUAUACACACAUAGGGUGCAGCACACCAAUCCGCCAUCUUCUCUUUAUGGCCCGGUCGUCGUCGCUGGGGAAGACCCAGAAUACGUUGUCACCACCUGGUUUUUACGGAAGCGUGGCUCAAGCCAUUGGAGAGCUCUUCUAUCGCGGCUUGAAUCACUAACUGGUCUAGCUGAUCCACCAUUCACGAUGGCGAUCCGGGAACAUUCUCAGGGCGACUGCUCAUCUGAUCUUAUUCUUCCCGGGAACUUCCCGUUCGGGACCCCUGAAUCAGCACGAUAUUCUUCGCUCGACAGCAUACACGUCCUCCUCCAGGCUUCUAAAUCCGAGUCCUCACGUUAUCUCAAUCACUACAGCCAUCUGUAUCAUGCUUCGAUUCCUAUUUUUGACCUCAAGAGAUUCCAUACCGAGAUAGAGCGGUACUGGGAGGCUGCGGACAAGCUUGAUUUCUGCUGGCUUGCACAAUACCUAGCAGUACUGGGGCUUGGUGCAUUUGCAACGAGCAGGGAUGAGAAGCUGGCUGCUGACUUCUUCUUCGCCAGCGAAGCGUGCCUGGCCAGGACGCCUUACAUGUAUCGGCCCUCUGUCGCCAACAUCAGGACGCUGUGUCUUUUGGUAGUCGCGAAACAGGUGGCGUUUGCGACAUGCUGGGCGCUGGAUUCCUGCUGGAACAUCAUGGGCCUCAUUGUGCGCUUGUCUCUCAUGACGACUCUACACCAGGACUACAUACCCGGCUGCGACAUCCCAGGCGUUGUCGAAGAGCGAAUACUGCGUCGUCGGCUAUGGAACAUCGUUGUCUAUCUCGACAUUCAAAUGGGCUUGAUUACAGGCCAGACAUCACCCUUACCCCAUGAUGCGCUAUUGACCACCGUCCAGCCGAGCAGUGAUGGUACUGCAGAUCACUGUUGGGACUCGGUGCUUCCUACCUCUUUUCCUAUCAUCUGCCAUUUCCUGGCUAGGAUCAACUCGAGCAUCGACGUCAUGACCUACGACGAGGUCUUGCAAUACGACUUGGAAGUCAGGCAGUCGAUGCGUCAUGCCGCAGCAGUAGGAGGCAGCGACAUCUUAUCCACGACUGUCGACAUUUUCUUCCGUCGCGUACUGCUCGUCCUACACCGUCGCCAUGCCCUCGACCCGGAAGCACCCACUUUGUAUCCUACCUCAUACUGGUCUUCGCUAGAAUGCAGUCUCGCACUCAUUAUCCAUCAGCGGGAGCUGUCCGACGAUCUCUGCUCACCACACGACGUUCAUCUGAUCGGGCGCCCCUUUAUGCUGGACUUCUUUGCAGCCGCCCUCACGACAUGCAUUCACCUUCUUCGGACCGAUGCGCCACUGGCUGCGACUUUAACAUCGGAAGGCACGAUACCACCCCGUCAAACUAUAAUGAAUACACUCAGAUCUUGUCUUGACCUCUUCGCGAAGGAGCAGCACAGAUCCGUGUGUUUUCGAAGCGGCUAUCAUAUGCUGAGCGCAGUGUACGGGCUGAUACCCAGAGAAUAGCAGGCUGGAUGCUUGCGCUACUGGUCGAAAUGUGGACAUCAGUAGCCGGGAAAGCUCCGAGGCGAAAUGGGAUGCAGCGCUCAGAAUCCUAGCCGAAUCGGCCGGCUCCGCCGUCAUUGCCGACACAGGCAUCCUCAUCAUUAAAACCAACCCCCGUGGGCAUGUAAAAUUGCAACCAUCGCAACCUUCAUCAAGUCAGCCUCAAGAUAAGCCUGGCCAAGCUGGAAUCUGUUAGCCUUGCGUAAACGUGGCGUUGGUCUAACUCACUCCAAAUAGUCCUCUGCUUGCUCAGCUCCAUCACUCUCACCUUAUCUCCGACAUUGAAAGUUUGAGGAGUGCUCUUUGGGUUCCAGAAGCUGUACCUCCCAAAGACUGGACUCCACUUGGCCCC